CGAUUACAAUCUCCACGCGUGUUCAUGUCAAAAACAUUGCAGUCUGUACGAUGUUGGCUUCGGAAGACAUGGCCACACGUUGGAAAACGUUUACCAAAUAAUUUUAUGCUAAAUGUUACCAGCGACCUUCUCACGAAAGACUCAGAGCCUCUUGCAGAAAACUGUUUCAUUUGGAAGAAAAGUUUUCUACGUUGUGUCGAGGAACAAAGAGAUGCGAUUCAGAGGGAGUAGAUCGCUUGCGAUUUCCGUAGCAUCUUUUACCCUUGGAUGUGUUGUUACCCAUUUUUUAUGUUCGUAUGACGAUUUACCCAUAAGGCUGGAAACGAAUGAAGCAUUGGAAGCUGUGUUAAACGAUCCUUCUCCGUCGAUUUUCAACCUGGAAACUACUAAGCCGGAACUUUUCCACCCGCCUGAGACUGUGAAUACUCACGAGGAAAAUGAUCAGCCAGUUACGACAGCUCCGAAACCAACCUUACCCCCCUACCCACCGUUGUUAAACAGAACAGCAGUAGUUCUUACUCCUUCCACCUGCAAUAAAGACACCUUUCUCAUUAUAAUUAUUGUUUGCUCCAGCAAGGAUUUCGAAGCGCGAAAGGCUGUGAGAUCUUCUUGGGGUAAAACCAUAUCGGAAGUGAAACGUUUUAAUUCGAACUCCACCUAUGAACAGUUUCAAGUUUUCUUCGUGAUCGGAAGCGACGAAAUAAACGACGAAAGAGUCGAAGAGGAAUCGCAACGUUACGAUGAUAUUAUACGCGGUAAUUUCAUGGACACUUAUGCGCAAAUAAAUGAGCUCCACACGGUGAAGACCCUUUUGGGGCUUAAAUGGGCCACCACGAUAUGUGACCCACAGUACGUAUUGAGAGUCAACGCCGAGUCUUUCGUUAACGUUCAAGAGACCAUUGGAUGGCUGCAUUCAUUAGGCAGUGACAGUGAGUUAAAGCAUAGGGAAGGUUUGUAUACAGGGCAUCGCCACACUUUGUCCUCUGGUGGAGUGAAGGUGAUUAGAAACCCUCUCAGUCCUUACUUCAUCCCAGAAGACCAAUGGUCCGAUGAUCUCCUUCCAAGUUACGUGUCAGGAGUUGGUGUCGUCCUCUCGCGGGAUGUUGCUGAAAAAAUGGUGCACACUGCCUCGGAGCUGAAAUUGAUUCAUAUUGAUGACGUCUUUCUUGGUGUAAUGGCAAAGAAUCUUGACAUUGCAGUGUCGGACCACAGUCCUCGUUUCGACAUCGCAUACACCACUAUGCUGACGGAGUGCAAAGAUCUUCAUUUUUGCGUCAUCGGCGGCGUUCCUACCAAGGAUAUGUUCUAUCUGCAUCAAAACGUGCACCAUCUUAGAUCUAUUUGUGCUACGGACGGGCCAAAAUUGCAAGUGUGACUUCUUUGAACCUUACACCUUAACAUCAGUAGGCAUAUUCUCCAUACUGCUCUCCAAGCAUUUCCUAUAAGGUGCUGACAAGGAGAAUUUGUUUAACAAUCAAGAGCUUCUUUAUUUUAGUGACCUUUUCCUUUAUUCUCGUGAUUUUAUCGUUAAAUACACAACAAAGCA